AUGUCGGCGAUCAAGAAGAGGAAGCUCAACGCACUGGCCGGUGCCGCGCCGCCCAAAGUGAAGCUUGCACGCAGCGAGAAGUCUGCAAAGCCUGCGAAAUUGACCAAACCACCACCACCGCCAGCAUCAGAGAGCAGCGAGGAUGAAGAGGAAGUGCAAGAGGAGGCCGCAGCAGACGAGACAGCAGCAGACACACCACCAACAGACACACCAAUAACAGACACACCAAUAACAGACAAACCAAUAACAAACACACCACCAGCAGACACUCCACAAGACGACGCAAAGAAAACAUUCGCCGACCUCGGCGUCCGCGAGGAGCUCUGCGACGCCUGUGAGGCCCUCAAGUUCAUCCACCCCACGCCCAUCCAGACCCAGGCCAUCCCGCUCGCGCUCGAGGGCCGCGACGUCAUCGGUCUGGCAGAGACGGGCUCUGGAAAGACGGCCGCCUUCGUGCUGCCCAUCCUGCAGUCUCUCCUCGAGAAGCCUCAAUCGCUAUUCGGCCUCAUCCUGGCGCCUACGCGAGAGCUGGCAUAUCAGAUCUCCCAGCAGGUGGACGCCCUUGGCAGCAUCAUCAAUGUCAAGUGCGCAACCCUCGUCGGCGGCAUGGACAUGGUCCCCCAGGCCAUUGCGCUCUCCAAGCGACCGCACAUCGUUGUCGCCACCCCCGGACGACUGCUCGACCACCUCGAGAACACAAAGGGCUUCUCCCUGCGCUACCUCAAGUACAUGGUCCUCGAUGAGGCCGACCGUCUCCUCGAUCUCGACUUCGGCCCCGUCCUCGACAAGAUCCUCAAGGUCUUGCCCCGCGACGGCCGCCACACCUACCUCUUCUCUGCCACAAUGUCCUCCAAGGUCGAGUCCCUCCAGCGCGCCGCCCUGCAAAACCCUGUCCGCGUGUCCAUCUCCAGCUCCAGCCACCAGGUCGUCUCCACUCUCCUGCAGCGCUACUUCUUCCUCCCGCACAAGCACAAGGACCUCUUCCUCAUCCACCUGCUCAACGAAAACCUCGGCCACCCCACCAUCAUCUUCACCCGCACCGUCAACGAGACCCAGCGCAUCGCCAUCCUCCUUCGCACCCUCGGCUUCGGCGCCAUCCCCCUGCACGGCCAGCUCUCGCAAUCUGCGCGUCUGGGCGCACUGAGCAAGUUCAAGAGCAAGUCGCGCGACAUCCUCGUCGCCACCGACGUCGCUGCCCGUGGUCUGGAUAUCCCGUCCGUCGAUCUAGUCGUCAACCUCGACCUCCCCUCCGACUCACAGACAUACGUCCACCGCGUGGGCCGCACGGCGCGAGCCGGCAAGUCUGGCAAAGCCGUAUCCUUUGUCACGCAGUACGAUGUCGAGAUCUGGCUGCGCAUCGAGAACGCACUGGGCACAAAGGUCGAGGAGGAAGUCGUGCCCAAGGACGAGGCGCUCGUGUACGCCGAGCGCGUUGGCGAGGCACAGCGCGUCGCUGUCCGCGAAAUGAAGUUGAUCCACGAGCAGCGCGGCAAGGGACGAGGCGGCGGCGGCGGUGGGCGGGGCGGCAUGCGCGGGAAGCGCGGGAGAGCCGACAUGGAUAGAGAAGAGGGCUGA